GUUUGCAGGGCAAGGAUGAGUCUGUUUGGAUCAACGUCCGGGUUUGGUACUGGAGGUACCAGCAUGUUUGGCAGUACGACUGCAGAUAACCAUAAUCCAAUGAAGGAUAUUGAAGUAACAUCUCCACCUGAUGAUAGCAUAUCUUGUUUAGCAUUUAGUCCACCAACAUUGCCGGGUAAUUUCCUCAUUGCAGGAUCAUGGGCAAAUGAUGUUCGCUGCUGGGAAGUUCAAGAUAAUGGACAGACAAUUCCGAAGGCUCAGCAGAUGCACACAGGGCCUGUACUAGAUGGCUGCUGGAGUGAUGAUGGGAGUAAAGUAUUUACUGCUUCCUGUGAUAAAACUGCCAAAAUGUGGGAUCUCAACAGUAAUCAAGCUAUUCAGAUUGCACAACAUGAUGCUCCUGUGAAGACAAUCCAUUGGAUUAAAGCACCAAAUUAUAGCUGUGUGAUGACAGGAAGCUGGGAUAAAACUUUGAAGUUCUGGGAUACCCGUUCACCAACACCUAUGAUGACAUUGCAGCUCCCUGAAAGAUGUUAUUGUGCAGAUGUGGUUCAUCCUAUGGCUGCUGUGGCCACUGCAGAAAGGGGUUUAAUAGUUUAUCAGUUAGAGAAUCAACCUUCUGAAUUUAGAAGAAUAGAAUCGCCUCUUAAACACCAGCAUCGCUGUGUUGCUAUUUUUAAAGACAAAGUGAACAAACCUACUGGAUUUGCCCUUGGAAGUAUCGAAGGAAGAGUAGCAAUUCAUUAUAUCAAUCCCCCAAAUCCUGCAAAAGAUAAUUUCACAUUUAAAUGUCAUCGCUCCAAUGGAACAAACACAUCAGCACCUCAGGAUAUCUAUGCUGUAAAUGGGAUAGCAUUUCAUCCUGUCCAUGGUACACUUGCAACAGUAGGAUCUGAUGGUAGGUUCAGCUUUUGGGAUAAAGAUGCACGAACGAAGCUAAAAACAUCAGAACAACUUGACCAGCCGAUAUCUGCUUGUUGCUUCAACCAUAAUGGCAAUAUAUUUGCAUAUGCUUCCAGUUAUGAUUGGUCAAAGGGUCAUGAAUUUUAUAAUCCACAAAAGAAAAACUACAUUUUUCUGCGAAAUGCAGCAGAAGAGUUAAAACCUAGGAAUAAGAAGUAG